CGCGCACUAUCCAAGACAAAGAAGGCUCAGAUCGAUGCCGAAUUUCAGGAAGAAUGGGUCACCAUCGCAGCCAACCGGUACACAGAAGAGCAACAGUCUGGGAAGAAGAAGCUGAAGGGCGUGAGAGCAAUCUGCAAGGAAGUGGAGAAGGAGUGCUACGAGAAGACCGGAACGUCCAUCAAGCUGCCAAAAAGCACCGUCUCCGAUCGAGCCAGCGGCAAGCCCAGCAUCCGAGACUUCAACGCAGAGAAGAGGUGGCUACAGGCGGAUGAGGAGGAGGAAGUCAUCGACUUCGCUAUCAACGCCGCGCUCCGAGGGUUCCCGCUCAAUCACCGACGUUUGCGGGAGCAUGUCAACCGGAUA